AUGGGCAAGUCAGAGUCUGACCCCUCUGAACCCUCUGGCACUAAGACUGCUCCCAUCAUUAUUCAAUUUGAAAAUUCAUCUUUCAAUGCUGGAAUUAUCCUCAAUGAAACGAACUAUGAUAUUUGGUGUCAGAUGAUGGAGAUGCAUAUUGCUGAGAAGGAGAAACUCUAUUUUAUUCGUGGUAUAACAGCAUCACCGACCGAAAAAGAUGCUUUAUCAAAAGCUUUCUAUGAUGGGGCCGAUGAACUACAAGUUUUCACCUUGAAUCAGAGGGUUUUCUCUGCCAAACAAGAUGGCAGAACACUUUCUAUCUAUUAUGGUGAAUUAAUCGAAAUUUUUGGUGAGUUAGAUCAUCGCAAUAAGGUGAGUAUAGAAUGUGAGAAAGAUGUAGAACUGUAUCGCAAAUUCAUUGAGAGACAAAGGGUGCAUAUCUUUCUUGCUGGUUUGGAUUGUGAGUUUGAUCAGAUUCGUGGUGAUAUUUUGAGAAAAGAUCCAAUCCCUGAGUUAGAAGAAUGCUACUCACUGGUUCGUCGUGAGUCUGUGCGGCUUGCAACAAUGAAAGAAGAACUUGUGAAGCCUGAAACUUCAGCCCUUGUUAGCCGGAACCGAUCCACUCAACACAAAUCCAAUCCCAAUCAGCAAGAUCGAACAGGUUCCAAUCAUUAUAAAUCUACUGCUAGUGCUAACAAAUCUACUUAUAGAUGUGCCCAUUGUGAUCAAUCUGGCCAUACCAAAAGUCGUUGUUUUGAACUUGUGGGAUAUCCGGACUGGUGGGAUCAUAAUCGUGAUCCACGAAAGAAGAAUUCACACAAGAACUCCACUUCUGCAGUUGUAGAAUCAAAGGCAGAACAAGAUAUUGAGGAAAAAGGCCCGGCUUUGGUAGCAACAGCAGGACAUCCAAACAAGGCAGACGAUUGGUUGUGGUGUUAAGAGAGGGAAUCUAUAUUACUUAGACAUGGAGUCAAAGAGUUUGAAUCAACUAUGUCAAGCAUUGACAAUGGACA